AUGCUACCGACUCAAACAUUAAUAUUGGUAUUGAUCUAUCAUAGAUUUUCGAUUCAGUCUCGACACUUUAUUGAUGCUUACCGAAAGGGUCUAAAUGGAGAGCAGGCAGCUUGGGCAAUCAAGAAAUACCAUGGUCAUCGAGUCCUUCCUGAACAUAUCAUGCAUGAUUUUGAUACUAAUCUGACUCAGAAUAAUUCAGCUUCCUAA